AUGAUAAUAUAUAUUGUAUUUAUUUUAAGCGUUAUCUUUGUAAUAGGUUUUGUGGGGUUUUCUUCAAAACCUUCGCCUAUUUAUGGGGGGUUAGGGUUAAUUGUGAGUGGUGGGGCGGGAUGUGGUAUUGUGUUGAAUUUUGGUGGGUCUUUUUUAGGUUUAAUAGUUUUUUUAAUUUAUUUGGGGGGUAUAAUGGUAGUUUUUGGUUAUACGACGGCUAUGGCUACUGAGCAAUAUCCUGAGGUUUGAGUUUCUAGUAAAGUUGUUCUAGGGGCGUUUGUUACUGGUUUGUUAAUGGAGUUUCUUAUGGUUUAUUAUGUGUUGAAAGAUAAGGAAGUAGAGAUUGUGUUUGAGUUUAAUGGUAUGGGGGAUUGGGUUAUUUAUGAUACAGGGGAUUCCGGGUUCUUCAGUGAGGAGGCCAUAGGGAUUGCUGCUUUAUACAGUUAUGGUACUUGAUUAGUUAUUGUUACUGGUUGAUCUUUGUUAAUUGGUGUUGUGGUAAUUAUGGAGAUUACUCGUGGAAAUUAA